AAAAUGGUGGAAUUAGACUGUGGGAGGAAGACAUUGAAAUAUAUGUUGUUCGUUAUCAACUGUAUAUUCUUCGCUUUAGGUGCGGUAGCAUUUGGUCUUGGAAUAUGGGCCCUUGUCGACAAAAACAAGAUGAAUGUCUUGACAAAGAUUGGCGCCGCAAGCUCAAACUUCAAUAUCAAUGGGCUUUUAGAAUCGGCAGCAAUUGUGUUACUUGUGGGUGGAUUGUGCGUUAUGAUAAUCGGAUUCCUCGGAUGUUGCGGUGCAAUAAUGCAGAAGAAGUGCUUGCUGUGCUCGUACGCCAUAUUCCUGCUCUUGAUAGUUGUUCUGGAGAUCGCAGCUAUUGUGAUAGCAGCUUCCUUCAGGGGAAAGGUUACCACAGAGAUGAAAUCGUUCCUUAGACAGACCAUCAACAGCAAAUACCAGGGCAGGGUGGAUACAAAAGAGCCAUUUUCACUUGCACUGGAUUACGCCCAGGUCUAUUUCCAAUGCUGUGGUAUCGACAGCUACGCAGAUUUCAACGGAGCUUCUGCCUGGAAGAAGACGGGUGAAAAAGGGACCAUGAAAAUACCCCCAGCCUGUUGCAAACUGAAGGACAAGGACGCGUUAUUGAAACACCAGAAAUAUGAGCCGAUUGACUGGAACUGCCCCUACAACCCGACUGCAAUCAAUUCUAAUAUGAACAAGCCGUGUUGGGCCUCUAUUGAGGACUACCUGAAAAGUCGCAUCGGAGUCGUCAUCGGCAUAGCAGCCGGAAUCUUGGUCUCGGAAAUACUCUGUGUCGUGUUCGCAUUCUGCAUUAUCAGAGCCAUGCGAGGAGGAUAUUCGGACAUGACUGGCAAAGUGUGAGGCGUACAAAAUAUUAUUUUAAUAGAGUCUCAAGAAAGACUUCUAUUUGAAGCGAUAAACACCAAUUGUUUCUAAGUCAUAUUUUCAUAUGAUCGCUCAUUGUUAAGCAUGUUUUGUAAUAUCGAACUAUCCUUUUCCGUAAUACAGAAGAAAAAAUAAUUUUAAUAUGUUAAUUUAAUAUGUCAUUAACUAUUUAACUUUUAGCAAAUGCUUUUGCUAUUUUUAAUAGUCUUUUACAUUUUAAAGAUACAAUAUUAAAACAUACGAGUAAACUAUCAGUUUCUUUUCUGACAAUUGUUACAAAAAGUUCGAUCGUUGAAGUUUUUCAUUUUAACAUUAAUUUAACAUAUUCGAUGAUGAAUAAGAAUAGUUGUUUGUGUGUGUAUUGUGUUGUCUUAUUUUUCAUAUCAGAGUUAUCAUUCUUACCUGAUACGCUUUCAUCUAAACUAAUAACACAUUACGCCCUACGAUUCUACGUGAAAACCAUGUCCUGUAAAGAAUUGCCAAACGUUGGGACAGCGUAAAAAGGCGUGAAUAUAUUACUUUUGUUUCUCAAUGAAAUAAGAUUUGCUAAAAUUAAAGUUAAAUUUACUUGAAAGAAAUAAAACAUAAUGCUUAAUAAUAUAAAUAUAAAAGUGGAGAAUUGUCAAAAAGUAAACGAAACUUAAGUGUCGACUUUCUUUUAGGUGUUUGGAUUUAAGUGAAAAAUAUGUUAUAUUUAGGUAGCAUAUCGUUGAAACAUUCGCAAAUCAUGACAGAAUCGAAAAACUUUUUGUAUAAUUGUUAUUUAGAGGUUAUAACACACCGAUGUCCGUUAUGAUUCGUCAUGAUUUGCACUCAUCAUAAGAUCGAAAGAAGUGAUUUUAAACAAUAAAUGUACAAGAACUUA